AUGGAAUCCCCUUCAUUUCUUAUGAAUGACCUUAGACGUCGUAUUACUGAAGAAACACUCCUGGAUCUCUUUCAGCCACUAAUCCCCGUGAUCAAUAUUGAGCCUUCUCUCCUUGAUAUCAGCCUCAAGGUCACAACGGUCACUUUUGACGAAAGCUCAGGAUGGCUCCGCCACAUACAAUCUCACGCACCGCUCAAGACCACUUUCGGUACCUUAUGGAAAGGCGUCGAUGUCAACUCCAAAAGCGAUGAAUUUAUCCGAGCAGUCAAAGACGGCGAUCUCGAGCGGGCCGAAAUGCUAGCAGAGUUCGGGGAUACUGAUGUCAACAAGACAGACGACAAAGGCAGAACGGCGCUACAUUGGGCGUGUAUCAAGAAUCUCCCGGAGGUGGCUGCCCUAUGUCUUUUGUUGGCGCGGAUAGAUACGAGCAUUGAGUAUGAGGGAAGGACUGCGUUUGAUAUUGCUUGUCAGCUGGACACCAGGAGUAUAAUUCCACCGCUAUUCUAUACGAGCACCUUUGAGAUAGACAAAAUCGACCCUCAGGGUGCCUUACUGCAACUUAUCAAUCUCACAGCGGAGCCAGACCUCGAUCGAACCGAGUUCCCUGGUGAAGCCCUGUUUGAUCCAGCAAAGGACGGGAACGAGCGUCUAUGUGCUGCACUGUUCAAGAAGAGAAAAGUCAACGUCUUGGCAAGGAACGAGGACUGUAACACUGCGCUGCACAUUGCGGCUAUGAAUGGACACGGUUCCAUAGCAAGAAUCUUUGUUAAUAAUGGAUCUGAUGUCAAUGCAGUGGGUAAGGAUCUCUUUACACCAUUGCACUGCGCAGCACAGCGAGGAGACUGGGAGACUGUGAAGAUACUGUUGGAGCUCAAGGCAGAUAAAGAUGCAAAAGAUAAAAAUGGAAAGACGGCACUUGACUGGGCCAUGGAGAACGGUCACCGUGGAACACAAGACCUCUUGGAGGAUAAAGAGGAUUAG